AUGCGUGUACCGGGUCAUUGUACGGUUGCUUCUGAUGUCAACGGUAAUUCGAAAAAUUGGCGACGACAACAGUUUGAUUGUGAUGGCAACAAAUUGCUACCACAACAACAACGUCGUUGCAUUCCACUCCAACAUUUUCAUGAUGGAAUUGUGGAUUGUCCGGAUGGAAGUGAUGAGUUUUGCUUUCCCGGUUACGUAAAAUGCGGCUCAUACUGCGUAUCACUACAAUAUGCAGCUCAGUGCUUUAUUAAUCCUCGAUGUGAUAAUUCACCAACAUCACCGCAAUUUUGCGAUGUUACCAAGAAAAAAUUAUGUUCAAUUGAGGGAACAGUACCUUGCAAAGGUUAUGGUGAAUGUGUAAUGAGAAAAUGGAUCGAAAAAGGUCAAACUAAUUGCAUCGAUAAAUCCGAUCAAGAUCCUACUUACAUUGCUGUAUUCGGUAUCAAGCGUGGUACCAAUCUAUAUCCAGGUUUGCAAUUUGGUAGCAAUAUAAGUGAUAUUUUUCAUGGUACGAUUAGCACUCAAACAUUUAUCUCAUCAUGGUUGCAAUCAGUUUCUCCUUCACCGUUACAUCCCAAUUGGAGAAAUGAUACCGAUGAUGAUAUGACAAAAGAUUGGAAUAAUGCAACCAUUCAAUCGACAACAAAACAAUUCGUAUUUCAAAUACCAAAUAAUAGAAUGAUUGGUAAUAAAUCAGAUGCAACUACCACUACAUAUCAGCUUCAUUUCACGACUGUAAAAUCGAGUAUCGACAAUAAUUUUACUGCCAGUCAUGUUAUUGAAAUGCUGCAAUCACCGUUCAUUCAUCGUACCGGUGAAAAUCCAACAGAGCAACAAAUUUUGGAAAAAUUGAAAAAUUCAAUAAAUGCAUCAACAAAUCCAACUGAAAUGGCUAAAUCUCCUGAUGCUAUUCGAAUUGAUAACAAAAGUAACAGAUCGGAAUAUAGCGGCACUUUAAAGCAAGAUAAUAUCAUUCCAUCAAAUGGCAUUUCAUUAUCGGCUAAUAAACAGCAUCAGAAUCAGAAUGGAACUUUUAAUCCUUCUCCAAAUAACACAUCAAAUGAUACCAAAAAUACAGUAAUAAAAAUACAAAAAGAAUCACAACAAAUACCGCAAUCAACUACAUCAAAUCAACAGUCGGAAGAAAAUAGUUUAGCUAAUAUUACCGAUAAUACAACAUCUGGCCUAUCACCUGAUCAAGCUGCAUGCCUUCAUUAUGAGUAUGCAGAAGCGCAACGUUUGGUACCGAAACCUUGGUGCACUUGUCCACCAGGACAAAUGCCUAGCGGUGAGCAUGCCGCAUGUAAAACAACCAUCAUAUCAACAUUUGGCAUUGAUGUACAUCGUAUGUGUGGUGGCAUUGAGACGAAUCCGGAAGAACGAUCUCGACUUGCUAUUUUGGUGUUAAAUCGAACCCAGUUACCAUAUCAGGCUUGUGUUCGACGUGAUGGUCAUCCCGUUAUGGUACAGCUUGAUUGCUCCCACUGUACUACUAUGGAAUUUGAUGAAGCAUUCAAACGAAAUUCAAAUGAUCAAUACAUACCUCUACAUAUAAUGGAGCUUUCGCUUGGUGCUUGCUUGACAUCAGCGCUAAAUGAUUGUGAUCCAGAACAUGCCGAUUGCUUGGUUAAUGGUCCACGAUAUGAAUGUCAAUGUCAUGAAGGUUGGAAUGAUACUUCAAAAGAUAUAGGCAAAGCAGAAGGAAGACGAUGUGAACAACUGAUCUUACUUGCUGAUGGAUGCAUCCUAUUUCUUGGUUACUGCUUGUUUUGGUGGUUUCUUUUACUUGGUAUCAUUCUCUUUUUGAUAUUAUCAUUGCUAUGUUUGCUAAGCUAUAAAUUAUAUAAAUGGUGUCAGAAGCGAAGACGACGAAAUGUUGUAGUCGAUGAACAGGGCGGCCAUUUGGUUACAACGGAAAUUGGUUCCGUUAAAAAUACCACUUCUAAAUUGGCUACAACCGAAUCAAUCAAUAUGAAUAAUAAUCCCAAUUCCAUUAGCUCAAAUAGUUUUGCAAAUGAUGAAAAAGCAAUAUCAAUUAUUGACAGCAAAUAUCUUCCAACCUCCAAUCCAACUAGCAAUCAAAAUAUUUCUAAGACAGCGAAGAAAGUUCUUAUCAAUCAAGAAAGUAUACAAACGUUAGAUUCAUGGCAGAAAAAUGAUGAAAUUAAAAGAGAUAAAAAACAAAAACCACCGAAAAAGCAAUCACAAGUAUCCGAACAAACCUUUGAUGAAAUGAAAUCUGAAAGAAAGGAAACAGUUGUUAGCGAAAUCAUUGACGCUGAUUCACUUAUAUCCUCAAAUAAGAAACUGAAGAAAACUAAAUCAGAAUCACAUGCAGGAUCAAGCGAAAUAUCAUUGGAAUCUCAGAAGAGUACAAAUAUGAUGCUACCUGUUGUAACACAGAAAGACAUCGAAGAAGUAUUGCCAACUGAUGGGAAUGUAAUAAAAAAUUUUGAGAAUGUCGAACCCACAAAUUCGAAAGUGAUGAACGUCAGUCAGUCAUUAUCGGAAACAUCACUACGUACAAUGUGGGAAUUAUUUAAGCAGGGCACGUGGAAACAAUCGUCCAGGCCUAGUUCUAUCAAAUCUUCAACGUCAUCCCUGGAUCGUCUUAUCGACGUAUUCUUAUUCCGAAAGAGAAGUAAGAAAAUUCAUCCUGAUGCUAUCACAGCAUCCAACAGCAUCGAGUAUUCAUUGGAUACUGUUAAGAUAGUUGAUCAUAGAAUCGAUACUGCUUCUCAGUUAUCGAAUACUAUUUCACCGAUAGUUAUCACAUGCUGCAGUACCACUGCAACUACAGCAACAACAACAACUACUACUAGUGAUAUUUCUACAUUGCCACAAUCACAACAUGCUAUUGGUCCAGCUAAUGAUAUGGUGCAGCGAUCCACUGCUGCUAAUGUACCAAUGCAAACGCAUGUACUGGAGCAAAAAAUUAUAACUGAAACAAGAACAUUAACCACCAAGAGUACCAUAUCACUGCAAUCGGGAGAGCUACCGCAAUCAUUAAAGGUUGCAGCAGCACAAUCGCAUAUUCCUAUCAAUUCUACUGUCAUUUUUGACCAAUCAAAAUCUGACCAGCAAUCAGCAUCCGAUGCGAUAUUAACUGCCGCAAAUGAAAUAUCUCAACAAAGUGAUUCAAUUGAUGAUACAACUGCCGUUGAGGUGCAACAUUCUACAGCGGAGGAAAAUACAGCUAUUGAUCAAGAACGAUCAAGAAUUGUAGAAACUGAAAAUGAAGCAGAAGAUCAAAUGUAUACUAAACCAUCUACCACAACAAUUGUCACUAGUUCAGAUACACAGCUAGAACGAUGGACCAGUAUAAUAGCAGAGCCUAAAUUUAGUGCAUCUCGUAAAACGCAAUCUGAACAUGGAAGACGACUGAAUGAUAAUGCGAAACAAAAAACGCUACCAACAGCCGAUGAAUUAAAGGAUGCAUUAAAAGAGGUAGCUUCAACGAAACCACCAACAAAACGACUUACUGAGAAGCAAAAAAAGAAACUAAGUGCAUCAUGUGGACAUUUGUAUAUUCAAGAUGAUAAUAAAAUGGAUAGGAAAGGAUAUUGUUCCAUCUAUCAAUCAUUGGCUACUGCUAGACAAGAACCUCGACGAAAACUUUCCAGUAUAUCAGAAAAAAGUACCGAAAUGAUGAAUGGUGUAAACCAAUUGAUAUCAACGCCAAGUAGUAUCAGUUGUCCAACAACUACUCGUAGAAGCAAAGGAUUUAUAUCGACGCUUCAAAGAAAUUUCAAUCCAAUGAACGAUGGUAGCAGUAAACUGGAACGUAACCGAGCUAGUACAAAAGUGAAGCUCAGAAAGGAUAGCGAAACAAGCAGCUGGCGUCAACGUCCGAUCUCUAUUGUUGACUCACGGCCAUCGUGGAAUUUUUCACCGUUAAAAGAUGGUGAUCUGGAUCGUAUUGCACCAUUACAACCUAAUUCCUCACAUGGUCACCAACGGCGAAAAUGGCUUUCACCACUACCUUUUGACGAUGAACGUGCUGCAGACUUACGAUCAAGCAAAAGGAAUAGUAGUAGACGAGGACAAAGUGACUGGACACUGCAUAACGCUACACGUGCACCUGUAACAUCUACAUCACAUUCAGCACGUUUACAUACUCGUUUACCAUUUGCCAAAAUGUUGCGCGAUAGCAGUAGCGUAAAAUGGACGCCAUAUGAUACCGAGGAUCACAGUAAACUGAUAAAAGAACAGUUGUGGUGGGGUGUAUAUUAA